CUUCUUCUCUCUAUCCCUCCUCUCCAGAAUGACCGUCCACAGGCUGGGUGCUCGAACCCUGAUCCAAUCCCUGGAGGUGGAAGAGAGAGAGCAGGAUGGUGAGAAGGAGGGAGUGAAAGAAAAGGUGCUAGAGCUCAGCGUCCAAUCAGGAGUGAGCAGUGCCUUUACCGCCUUCAUCGCUGUCCACAAAGGAGAUGGAGAGGCCCUGCAUGGACAGCUGCUACGCAGACAAGUCCCCACGCCAAUGUUGAAUCUAAGGGAAUGUUCACUGAAAGAUUGGGAUUUAUGCAGUAGUGUACUUGAGUGCGAUAUGAAACUAUCUGAACUCGAUGACCGAGCUGAUCAGCUUAUGUGCUCUGAGUCAGAGUUUGAGGUCGGCACAAAGAGUAUGUCUGCUCAGAAGGCCAAAGGUUCGCUCGCAUCUAGGGUGAAGGGAUUCUUCUCUCAACAACGUGCUUGUGAAGUAUUAGAAUGUGACGAAGACUGUGAUGAAGAAGACUUUGACUCUCCAGMCCCAACCUCUAAGCCUGUGAGGGACCCUCUCCUCCAGCUGAUCUCCCUUCAGAAGGCCUCUGGUUCCUGGGUCCUGGAKGCAGCGUUGGCUGAGGUGCUGGCGAAGACUGARGAGGAGGUGUCCAAGCCAAAGCCUGCACAGGUUGGCCAGGAGGUGUGGGCCACGGUUCUAGCCCUGGUAUGGCUCUAUGGUUUCAAGAUGGAGGCUCAGGAGGACCAGACAGCCCCAAUUCAUUACUACUUGGGAUCAUGGUUGCAAGGAUGGCAAAAUGUAUCAUGA